AUGUCUCCCUUCGAAAAUAAAGGACUAAUACUGAGCAUAAUGGCAGGGACUGCUGGAGUAAGCCUGAUGCUGAUUUGGUACCGUAAGAUCCGAAAACCUGGUGCUGUGCGUAUACCUGCCUUCCUAAAUGUAGGUAACAGGCUUAAUUCUGUGGGCUUGCAAAAUGAAGUUCCUAAUGAGCAAGGAGCAGUAAUGGUUUUACAUGGAAGGCAACUGCAGAUACUAGAAAAACUGAAUGGCUUGCUAAUAAGUGUGGACGAACUGAAGAGAGAGGUGAAAUUCCUGAAAGAAGCUAUUCCAAAGCUUGAAGAGCUUGUUCGAAAUGAGCUUCAAGGGAAGGGAGAUGUUCAGAGAGUUAGCCCAUCACACAGAGCAACAAAGCGGAGAAAAGCUGAGACAGCUUCUGGUGCAACAGAAACUACCAGCUCUGAGGAGGCCGAAAGUGAAGGAGGUUAUCUUACAGCUCAUACUGAUUCUGAAGGAGACUCUGAGGAAGAAGAGGGAUGGAUGAAAUCACCCAAUGCCAUUGUGAAAUCAGAAGAAGGCUUAUUUAGUCUUUUACAGCAGGUGGACAAUUUGCACAAGGGUUCAGAAGAUGAUAAAAAAGAGGCCUUCAGACUGCUGCUUGAAAAAGAUGACAAGUAUGAAAACUGUGUGGACUUUCUUUGGAGACUUGCACGUGCUUAUGGAGAUCUUUUUGAGAUGACUACUGAUGCUGAGGAGAAGAGGAAAUAUGUUACUGAUGGAAAGAUUAAAGCUGAGAAGGCUGUUCAGCUGGAUGCCAGGAGUGCUGAAAGUCACCAGUGGUAA